AUGCCGGCCCCCGCUAGAGGGGACCUGAACGGUACCCCAACUCCCCGUGCUCCGAUCGGAACCUCAAUCACACCCAGAGCGAACAGAGGAGGACUGGACUCACCCUUUCGACAUACCCCCCAACCUCACCCUCAUCGAACUCCUCUAUCUAGGUCGAGCCAAGAAACCACACCCGUACAAUCACAGUCCUUUCCGGCAGCUCCUCGGACCGUCGAGACCCUCAGAUACGGUGACCGAAGCGAUGGCGAAGGGUAUAGGUCGGAUCGGAGUAGUCGAGAGGGAUCAACGUCAGGCCGAGAGGGGUCAACAUCGGGUACGGAUGAGGUUUUCGGAACGGGUAGCGGAAUGGCACGUACGGGGUUUCAAGUAGCCGAAGGAUUUGUAGGGACCAACGGGAGGAAGACACUCAGUACCAACCACAAUUUCACCGUUCCCUACAAGCAGCCUGCCGUCAGACCAACUCACCAAGCAACUUCUUCCUCGACCUCUCAACGCCAACAAGAUGAUUCUGUCACUCCCCGACCUCCGACCCGUGUCCAGCCUGCAGGCCAAAUGCAGCGACAAUUCGGACAGUUGUUCACGAGUCUACAGACCACGCAAAACAAGCUGGUCACUCAGGUCGCCAACAUGGAGCAAGAGAUCAGGAGACUCACGCAAUCGGGAGCGGCGAAAGAGGCUACUAUACAAAAGCAGAACGGGUUAUUGCAAGACGCCAUGCAGCAGCUGGAGCGCCAGAACUUACGGUUGACGGAAUUGGAGGCCCAGGUGCGGCGGGGCGGGAUGGAUGACCGGGAAGAGGAAAGUGAUCUGUCGAAGGACGUUCGCAAGGUUGUCACGUUGGCAGUCGUGGUGGCGUACGGAUGUACUCCUCCGGUCGGAUACCCAACGGAUACGGAGCCGUGGCCGAGAUUGAAAACGGCGUCUGGGGCGGAUGAUGGUCACGAAGCUAUGCGAUGGGAUUUCGAUCAGCCUUUGAGCUCUGAACGAAACGAGAUCCAGACCUCGAAACUGCAGACCAUCCUCGAAUACCAUCUCGACUCACUGCCAAUCACUGCCGACAUGGUCCGCGAGACGCUACCCGCCUUCAAAGACAACAAGAACAUCUACUCGUCCGCCAUAUCUGCCCGCUUCAAACUCCUCCAACAAGCUUGGAAGCGAAAGAAGCUCAAGCGGCGUGCACCAUCGGUUGAUGUCGAGCAGAGGGCAGCUUUAGAAGAGGAGAUCAAGGCGUUGGAGGACCGAGACUCACAAGGACCCCCCGAAGUGCUGCGAACCCUCAGCGAGAAAAAAGCCCAGCUCAAGAGUUUGGAACGUGUAGGAAAGCCGGAGAGGAGUAGUGCGGGUUACAGCAAGACCGGAGUGCGAUCGAAGUUGACAGUGAUGCAAAAGUGGGUCAAGGCGAAGCGAGCCUUGAUACCCGAGUUUCAAGGGGAGGAAUGGGCUUGCAUGGAGACCAUCUACGCGUUGAUUCCUCCAGUAUCGAGUACCCCAGAUGGAGAGGGGAAGAAGCUUUGGCACUGGCCGAUGCAAGAUACAGUCUACUCGCAAGAGUUCCUGACCGCCUUCUUCAAGAUAUACAACUGCAAGAACAGCGGUGGAAGCAAGAUCUCCGGGACCGCGAUUCAUCCACUCAGCGAGGCGCCUAACUUCACACCUCCCGACGCUAUGCCAUACCUUCCCGCCGACUACGAAUUCCUUUGGGAGGCGCCCCAGCGAUGGAUGUUUACGGACGAAUGGCUGGAUGAUCACCCCGAUUUGCCGAUCGUACCCUGCGACGUCCCUACCGAUCCGGAACAGGUCAAGACUUCGAUGUGGUAUAAGACGCACGCAUGGUCAAUCAGCAAACCGGGCGGGAAGAAGAACACGCAGGCAGGUGGAGACAGGGCUCGCUCACAGUCAACCGUUCCCUCCACGUCCGCAUCUACCCCUCGUGACCAAGCCAUCAGCGACUCCGAGCACGAGCGUGGGCAUCCAUCCAAUCCAGAAAAUCCAGCAAAGCGACGCAAGGUUGGCAUUCCGCCUGGUCUGCCUCAUGUUGAAGAAGGCAACGAGUCCGGUGCUCACUCGGAGGACGAUAUCGAAUUCCCCCGUGCCCCCUCUUCUCAAUACCCUGGCAGGGCGGAUGUCCCUGGGCUGUCCGUGACUCCUCGAGCCGGUCCAUCCCGUCAGCCCUCGGACUCGAGAAACCCAUACGAUCAGGACUCCCAGCUACCCACCAACAACCGAUCCGUUCGAUGGGAUCUACAAGACGACCAAGUCAGCAUCAACAACGACUACUUCCCAAACUUGAACAGCCAGCGUCCGAACGAGACACAAGACGACACUUACCUAGGCACUGAUGUGGUUUCUGGGCCCCAAGAACUGGACUUCGACACGAUGUUCCCCGGGGUCGAUUGGGGUGCCUUUGGGGUGGGAGGUCUCGGAACUCAAGACAACGACAAGACUCAACCCGACGACGAGACCCAGCUGGGCGGCGAGACGUUACCUGCAACCUUCCCAACCGAAUCGAUCAUGUUUUCCUGA